GGCAGGCUUACUCGUCUCGUCUGUACUCCGUACCCCUGAUGAGUGGACAUUUGCAGACGCCUGCCUGCUAGAACAGGACAAGGCCAGACAAGAGGCCUGCAUCCAGUAACCUGCACGCACGUCCAGUGCUCCCCUCUCGGUAGUCGCAGCGACAGCCUCACCGUCACCGAGGCCCUUGCAUCCGCAGCCCUCGAUGCGAUCAUGGCUGAUGCAGAUUUGAUCAGCUUGCUGCGGAGAUACGAGGUACCCGUCGACCAGUCCUCCCUCGACGCCGUCUUUCGAGACGAGGAGCAGGGGAGACUGUUGUCCGAGUGGGCCAAGUCGCACCUCGUAACAGACACGCUUCUCACGCAGAACGAGCUGAACUCAUACCUGGCUCUCCAACGAAGUGGCAAGGCCGAGAGCCUGGCAGCGUCUGCAGAUCUGUCAAGAGUACAGCCUUCGAAUGACCAGGAGCUUUUGGACGCUAUUGGGGAGCUCAACCGCUCUACCGAUGCCAUCAACAAGCAGACUGAGACUCUGCGUCAGCAACAGAACGCCGUCUCGCGGCUCAUCGCAGCCAGCGGAAAGAAUGGCGACGCUCGCUCUGAUCUCGAGGCCAAGCGACUUUACGAAUGGGAGUCAACCCGCAAGGCCCUGCAGACAAAUGUAGAGCUCCUGUCACAAGGCAUCGACUGCCGCAUCUCCGAGCUAUGUCAGGGAAUCGAGGAUUCAGCCAAAGACCUGGCCAAUGUUGUUGACGAUGUCUUCAACUCCGACGACAAACUUUUGUCUAGUCUCCAAAAGCUUGGUUUGGAGCUCGACAUGGAGGAUCGCGGGGAGGCGGAAACUGUCAGCCAGCUCCGGGAGAUUUGUGCCAGACUGAUCAAGUACAACGUGGAGUGCACCCGUACGCAAUUGGACCGAUCGUACCUCGAAAGCCUUCAGUCCAGCUCAGCGUCAGGAUCAGGAUCAGGAUCUGAAACGCGGGCUUCAAAAGAAGAGAUUUCAGCUCUACAAGAAGAAUUAGAGUCAUUGUACUCGGAGAUUCUGCCGGUGGCGCAGAUGUCUGUCGAACAGCAGUGGUUGGAGCCUUCUCUGAGAUCACUGUCCACAAAUACUAGCCAAGGGCUUAGUCACGCCGCUGUGUCCAUUCACUAUAUUCUCGACUGCUUGGACCACCUUCAGGAUCGAAUUGAUCGGGUGUCCGAGCGUGUGGCAUUAUUCAAAGCGCACGAAAGCGCUACAUGUGCCAUGAUUUCAACUGCGAAGGUUGAGUUGUCAACCACGGUCGCUUCAAACACCGCCAAAGAUCAUGCCAAUGUUCCCCACUUGUCAUCGCCGGCCCGACGGUUCCAACCUGCAGACGACAUGAUGACACCUGCGCCUCGCCGUGCAAGGACAAACACACAAUCGCGAAGGCGUUCCUCUGGUGGCGCAUCCAACCAGUCGCCAUUAGAACACCUUCUGGGGGAGUUGGGGAUUUCUCUGCCGGCAGAAGAUGACCAUCCGAGCGCCACGGCUUCACUUCUAUCACGGACGCUCGCAGAGCGUAGGCAGAAUGCGGCUGACGUCGCUGACAGUGUCCAAUCUACUUUCGAGCACGCAGCUACAGCCCACCUCUCGGACGCACGCUGCGCGAUCCAGCUGAUCAGGGAUUCGGUUCUGGCGGAAAAUCCCAACGGCCUGGUGGAUCCGGGGAUCGAGUCGUCCAUUGUGAUCCUGGCACAGGAAGUCCAUCGUAUUGCAAGCAGGCUUGAUGGCGUAGAGACCGAGGCUGCGGUAUUAGCAAGGGGUCGUAAUGUUAAAAGGGACGAGAUCGUCUCGCGGUGGGCCCGUCGUAGCUGAGAAACGUCGCUGCCGUCGUCACGGACCAUGCUAGCAACCUAUGGAUCCCAGAGUUGGCACAGUCCGACAAGGCCUUUAAGCACGCAAUCUUGUGACCAACGAACAAGCAUGUAUGUAUGCAGAUAUGAGCUCUUGACGAUGCUUAUGAUAAGUAUGUCUCGGGACGUUGCCUGUCGGCUGUGUGUGACCCUCCUUGCCGUGUCUGCCCGCGGCAUGCGGUGUCUUGGAACACCGUAGGAUCUUCGGACAAUCCUUCGCUGUCAUCGUCCUUGUCAUCGCCUGCAAUAUCUGCCGUGCUCCAUUGCGGAACGGGUGCUGCGUCCCUUCCCCGCCCCCGGGGGCUCAUGGCGGCACCCUGACUAUACGUCCCCAAAGGUGGGCGACGAGAUAUCAUCUGUAGGUUACGUAUGAUGAGAUGCGUCGUCAAGUUGUUCUCAUGUGUAUGGUUUUUUCAUGCUUGGCACUGUGCUUGCCGGCGGUGUCUUUGGGUUUUGCCUCGCCUUUGCGACUCGCCUCCCCCCUCCUCACGUGGUCCAACCACGGGCGUGCUGUUUGCUGUUUCUCCGUCCUCGCCCUUAUUCGAGACAGAUCACGCACACCAGGGUCAUACAAGGUCAGGUCAACUCAACGUUGUUCACGUCCACAUGGGCGACCCGAGACAAGCCUCUAUCUAGGGUGCUACAACGCGGCUUGGCUUCUGUCAGUAUCGCUAGGAAGCGAAAUGAAUAUUUUUGACAUCGGUGAGCGUGACCGGUCGUGUUUUGAGGCAGCUAAUUGUUCCUCGUCUAUCCAUGUUACCCUCUGCACCGGUGGUAAGCUGCAACGGGCGCCGUGGGUGCGGCAGGAACAUCUGAAGUCUUUGGCCCGAAGGGAAUGAAUGGGUAUCAUGCGGCUAGAUUGCAUGGAAUCACUGAGCACAUGCAACUUUCUCAUACCAAAGUCGAAUCUAUCAGCAAACCCCGCAAAGAACCACUACUCCGACCCGCAGUCUUCCCACGAAGCAACAACUGUGCCCCCCCCCCCUCCUCCUCCUCACACUCACCCCUGCCCGCCCUUGGGCGUCGGCCUCUCGCCCAGGUAGGGCGGCGGCACCUCCCCGACGCCGCCGACCAUCAGCUCCUCGCGCUCCUCGACCUGCUGGUAGUCGGGCAGGGCGUUGUCCGGGUUGGCGUUGUGCCAGGUGCCAAGGGGGUCCUCGACGGGCUGGCCCAGCUCCUCGGCCAGCUGGGCGAAGCGCGCCGAGUACUCGCGCAGCACGUCCUCGCCCUCGCGCAGCCACUCGGUCAGCUGGUCGCGGCGCUGGCGCACCUCCUCGCGCGUCGAGGCCGACACGGUGCUGAACCCGCCCGUGUAGGGCGGCAGGUCCGAGGCCGAGUAGCCCGGGAGCUCGGCUUCCUGGUCGCCAGUGGGAGGUGGUGGCGGCGGCGGCGGCGGGAGGUGCUGUGAGGCUGCUGCUGCUGCUGCUGCUGCUGACGACGACGAUGCUAGCGAGGAGGAUGACUGUGGAGGUUGCUGCUGCGGCCCUGGCGGGGGAGGGAUGGGCCGUGGCUCGAUGUACCGAUCCUGGUCCGAGUGCACGGUGGGCGGCUGGACGGUGCUUGUUGUUGUUGGCGGUGGUGGUGUUCUUGUCUGGCCGGAGGGUCCUGCCCUGGGUGCCCCAGGGAGGCUGUUUGUGUGGCCAUAUCGGAGGAGCCACAGGCUGUGUUCGCGCAGCGAGGUCCUGAGCAGUUCCAGUUCUGCAGCGAGCGAGGGGAUCAGGCGUUUCAGGUCGUUGUAUGCCGACUGCGACUCCGAGUUCGAGGAAGAACCCUCUGCUGGCGGUGUCCCACUUGGAUCGUUGGAGGCCAUGUUUGAUCUAUCAGCGUUCUCCAGGCGUGUGAUGUGG